AACGGUCGUAGAAGUAGUACUACGUUCGUGUGGCUUCGAGUCUAGUUCCUGUAGCAGCAUGGCUUCCAACCACGGUCAGUCGUCAACGAUUCACAACUGCUACAAUUGCGGUCAGCCUGGUCAUCUCUCCCGUUUCUGUUCCUUACCUGAUCGUCGGUUCACCUUCUCUGCUGCUCCUGCUAACCCGAGUACUUCGAUAGUUCCUGCUCAGAAUGUUCCCCUUGUAACGAUGCCUGCUAUCGGAAACAAUGUCGUUGGUCAUGGUGGAUAUGGUUAUGGCUAUGGAGGGGGACUACGUCCCUGUGUGGAGACUUUGGAGGCUACCGUUGCCUUCUUGAAGGCUGAGAAGGAUGUUGAAGCAGCACGGGAGCAAGCAAAGAAGCAGGAGGAGAAACGGGUGAAGAAAGAACAAGAAGAACAGAAGCGUAGGUUACAGGAAAAGAAAGAGCGUGAGGAGUUUCACUCGCAAAUCCAUCGUCAAAUUGGAAGUAAAUUGGACGGAGUGCGUGAGUUGAUCGAAGGAAAGAAAGGCAUUGAAGGGGAAGCGAUGACGAAGUUACGUGUUGAAAUCGAGGAAUUGAGGAAGGCGCAGAAGCGUGCUGGAGGAGUGUUAUCAUCAGAAACUGAGUUUGGAAGGUAUAAACGAGAAUUGAAAGGGGAACGGUUACGAUCUGAGAGGAGAUUUGCAUUGAUGGAGGAGGAGAUUGCAAGGCUAAAGAAGGUGAAUGAGGAAGCUACUAACGCUGCGGAUGUUUGGAAAGCCGAGGCACUGAGGCCCGACAAUAAGAGAGGAAGCGUCAUGAUUACCAGUACACCUAUCCGGGGCGCAAGGACUCGGGCACGAGUUACACCAGCUCCACCAGGGUCUGUUGAAGAGCUUAAGUUGAAAGAACGAGUCGAGCAUCAAGAGCAUGAGAUCGAGCUUUUGAAGGAAUGGAGGCUACGUGAGCUCAACAGUCGUCGAUUGGCUGAACAGGAAGUGGAGCGCCUAAGAGAGAAGAUGGCGAAAAUUGAUAUGGAAAACGAACCCCACCGACGUCUAAUCUGAAAGCACGUCUGGAUCGUGUGGCUGUCGGGACAGUUGAUAAAGGUAAACGUCAGUU